GCUCAAAGCAAGAAUUCAUUUGCUAAUUAUUAAUUAAUUUGAUUGAGAUACAAAUCACAUCAUCACCAUGUCCAAUACUGCAUUGUCCUAUGCUCCAUCAAAUGGCACUAUGAUCCAACAGCAGAAAUCUCAACUUCCUAAUCCCUUUGAGCUUGAAGACUAUCAGAUCCUUCACAAAGUUUAUCUCACCCACGUCAAUGAUGAUGAAAACUACGAUAAGGAUAUCCUUUUCAAGCUUGUAUCCAACAUCAUCUCUGCCUCAGCUCAAAUUUCUACGACUAAUUCUGUUCUUAACACACAGAUUUCUUUCAAACCAGACUUCCCUGCCCUGAAGAAGAUUUCUUGUCAGAUGAUAACGACACGUGGCACUCCAGAAUGUGCACACCAGACAACAAUGUGGAUUCUUCAACGGUUGAGAGGCUUCUCAUGGGAUGCAAAAGCACUUAUAACACUAGCUGCUUUCUGUUUGGAGUAUGGUGAAUUUUGGCACCUUUAUAGGCUUCAAUCAUCAGACACAACAAUUGGAAGCUCAUUGAAGCAAUUGAACCAAGUUCAAUUCAGAAAAGUCUCAUCUGAUAUAACUGAUCUAGUCACAUUCUUAUUGGAAGUGUUUCAGGACAUUAUACAGUGGUCAACAUGGUCUACUAUGGGUUAUGAUUUAGAGGAAAUUCCUUCUCUGUCAGAUGCUAUGCAAGAAAUCCCUCUUGUUGUGUAUUGGACACUUGCUACCAUUGUUGCUUCUACUGGCAACCUCAUCGGUACAUCGGAGCAUAAAUUAUCAGAUUUUAGAAAAAGGCUUUCUGAUGUUGUUCUGAAGUUGAAGGGUCAUUUGGCAAUUUGCAAAUUGCAAAUUGAGAGGGUAGAUGAUAAUGAAAGGCGUUUGAAAGAGUCUAAAAAUAUUAAAGAUGUUGUAAGUUUCUUGAGGCUUCUGAUCCAAGGAAAUGGAUCUGAUCAAAUACCACUUUUAUUUAAAGGCAACAAUCAAGUUAAAACGGGUAUUGAAGUCUUCAAGCAGAACUAUGUGUUGCUAUUCAUUUCUGGCCUAGACAGCAUCGGAGAUGAGAUUUUGCUAUUAAAUUCAAUCUACAAAAGAUUACAAGACAACCCACAAGAAGUGAUAAAAGGUUUCAAGAAAGAGGAUUUCAAGAUUUUGUGGGUCCCUAUUGUGGAUAUUUGGGAUGAAGUCCACAAGGAAGAGUUUAGGAAUUUGAAGGAAAGCAUGAAAUGGUAUGUGUUGGAAUAUUUCUCUGAGCUACCGGGGAUUGGAAUAAUAAGGAACAAAUUGAAUUAUUUGGAUAACAAGCCUAUUGUGUCAGUAAUUAAUCCUCAAGGUGAUGUGAUAAAUGAGGAUGCAAUGGAAAUUAUUUUUCAAUGGGGAUUUGAUGCUUUUCCUUUUAGGAAAAGUGAUGGAGUUGAUCUCUUUAAGAAAUGGGCUUGGUUUUGGAAUUUAAUGAAGAAAGUAGAUAUCAACAUAGAGGAGAUGAAAAGGGACAGUUACAUAUUCAUCUACGGAGGCAAUGACACAAAAUGGAUCCAAGACUUCACAACAGCAAUAGGAAGCAUUAAAAGAAACCAAAACAUAAAAAACAUAGAUGUCAGCAUUGACUACUACCAAUUAGGAAAACACAACCCAGCAAAAAUCCCAUACUUUUGGAUCGGUAUAGAUGGAAGAAAACAGAACAAAACAUGCCAAGACAAAGUAGACUGCGAAAUACAAGAAGCAGUGAAAAGCUUACUUUGUCUCAAACAAGAUCCAUUAGGAUGGGUUCUUCUAAGUAAAGGGUAUCAUGUUACACUUUUGGGCCAUGGUGAACCUAUGUAUCAAACAGUUGCUGAUUUUGAGAAGUGGAAAAAUAAUGUGGUUGAGAAAGAAAGCUUUGAUAUAGCUUUCAAAGAAUAUUAUAGUAUUAAGCUUCAAGAGAUAUCUUCUAGUGUUUCGUGUGCUUAUAAUUCUUCAAAUGUUUUGGCUACUAUAAGUUGUCCUAAUCCAACUUGUGGACGUGUGAUGGAAGUUACUUCUGUUAAUUACAGGUGUUGCCAUCGUGAUGAUCCAAAUAGUUGCUGCAAUUGAUUUAUAAGGAUGAAGGAGGAUUUAUGUUCUCAAGUUUGAUUUGCUUUAUAAGCAUGAAGUUUUAAUAUAUGUAUGUGUUUGUUGGUCAAGACGAAUUUUCUUGUGUGCUAUAGCCACUUUUGUUCCCCUUUGUUGAAUGGGUUGAAAAUGAAUAAUGGCUUUAUAUAAUUCGUCUGUAUGUUACUGAAUUUUGUUUUGAUUGAAUAAAAUUAAUUAUGCUUACUUUCUGCA